AACAUAGUAGUAGUAGUUAAGUAGGGUUAAAGGGGGUGUAAUUGUGUUGCUGACAGGUUGAUUAGUAGUGUGUUAUGAUGACUGCUAACAGUGCUAUAUCGAUAUCUUGGUGUUAAAUUCAGUCUAAAAUUAAUGGGUUGUUGUUGAUGUUUCUUAUUUUAUAUUUUCUUUUUGAAUAUUAUGAUAGGCCUAAUUGCUUCACGCUAUGUUUGAAGGCCAUUUAGUCUAGAUGCAAGGCUUACACAAAGGGGAUUUGAAGCAAAACUCAUCAUACCAAUUCUGUUGAGAAUGGAGAAAAAGAUUGAAAACUGUAAUUUGCCUCUUCCAUCAACCUCAUCUUCACCGACCUCAGAAAAGAUUGCAUCAACUGAUCAUGGAGAUGAGUCGUCCGAGGAAAAUCUUCCAAUGCCUAAAUCCUUGAUUGGAGCUGAAAAUUAUUUAACAUUGACUGAGGGGAAAGUGUGUGCUUUAACGAAAGAAGAACUAACGGAGGCAAUAACUAAAUGUAAAAUAUUGAUAUUGGAUAGUGCAGUAUGUUCUGAUGAACGAAAGUGGUUGGUCAGAAGACUGAUUGAACUUCGCUAUCAGCUUUUGACAGUAGAAGAUUUACAAGUAGAAAAAACAGACAUUGAUGAAAGUUCACUUGAUAUAUCAAUCUGUCUUGGGCACCAUUUAAUCAAGCGGUUCCAACCCACUUCGACUACCAAACGGUAUUGUGAUGUUUGCUGCACUCCAAUAUGGAAUGUUGUUCAGUACUGGUAUCAGUGCAAAGAUUGCAGGUAUAAAUGCCACAUAAAGUGUGUAGAGAACACUAUCCGCCCCUGUGCCCAUCUCGUGCAGGCAGAUAAGGAGAGGUAUGAGAGAAAGAUUUGCCCCGAAGUUGGUCUUGCGGCCCAGAACUAUGAAUGUGGAGAGUGCAAAUUGAGAAUAUGUUUCAACAAAAACUCGUGGUCAGCGCCUCCUCGGCUGUGUGAUUACACUGGUUUGUACUACUGUACUUCGUGCCACUGGAACAACACGGCAGUGAUACCAGCACGUGUAUCCAGAAACUGGGACUUCAAGUCUUAUCUGGUGUGUCGGGCCUCGUAUCAACUCUUGAGAUACACUCGUAACUGGCCAAUUGUAACGGUAGAACCAAGACUGUACGGGUUUGUCAAAGAACUGGCUGAAAUUAAGCGUCUUCGAGAACAGCUCUCUUUAAUGAAACAUUAUAUUAUCCCUUGCCGUAUGGCAGAAGGAGAGAGAAAACUCAUGGAGAAACAGUUUAAAGGCUGGUCUUACUUUUUGGAACAUGAUAAAGCAUUUAGCCUUCAUGACCUAAUGGAAAUACAUUCUGGAAAACUGCUGGAUGAAUUGAAAAAUAUAGCAAGUAAAUUCGAAGACCACAUCAUUAAAAACUGUCAACUGUGCAGUGGGAAAGGAUAUCGCUGUGAGCUGUGUGAUGACAAGGACGAUGUGAUAUUCCCGUUCUUCAGCACAGUGAACGUCUGCUCCGAAUGUUCAUGGGUCUACCACAAGACUUGCUGGCUCAGAUAUCUCGUAUGUAGGAAGUGCCAACGGAAUAAGAAAAAGCAGCUCGAGACAGUACCUCCAGAGUCUUGAACAGUAUUUAUAUCAAAGGCAAGAAGAAUAUAAUACACGCAAUUUCAUAUCAAAUAUAUUGUAUUUUUAUUUUAAAUAUAUUUUAUUAUUGAACGUUAAA